AUGACGUUUUACUAUAGUUUAAGAACGUUGCCCACGUGUAGCGCACAGGGAAUGUGCCAGGUCAGUGGAAGGAGAGGGGAGUCGGCCUUUGAGGAGAGCCCUGAUACCUGGUUCUGGUUCUGUUACCCCGACAUCUGGGACGAGGUCAGAGGCCCUGUUGGGAGGACCUGCUCUGGCCUGGUCCCGCCAGGCGACCUGCAGGGAUCGGCAGGGGGCUGUCCUGAAGGUCCCGCCAGGGAGAGCCACAGAAGACAUGUCCCGUGUCACGCAGCGCUGCGAAUCAGCCCUGGGCUGCGGAGGCCACCGUCUUCCCUGCAAUUAGGACAACUUUGA